GGAUUAGUCAAAAAAAUACAGCCACCCAAAACUCACCAUCAAACUUCCUAUAUGUACACCCAUUUCAUGAGACCGAAACAAAGCCAAUUAAGAGAAUGGAAGCAAGCAAAGCAAGCAACUGGGUAUUUCUAGUUUUGGGUGUUUUUUAUGUGUCACUAGGAGCUUGGGCAGAGCAAUGUGGGAAGCAAGCUGGGGGAGCUGUGUGCCCAGGAGGCCUAUGCUGCAGCCAGUUUGGGUGGUGUGGCAACACCAAUGACUACUGUGGUAAUGGUUGUCAAAGCCAGUGCACCCCUGGUGGUGGUGGCGGUGAUAUUGGCAGUCUCAUCACUCAGUCAAAGUUUGAUGAGAUUUUUAAGCAUCGGAGUGGCUGCCCCAGCAAGGGCUUCUACAGCUCCGAUGCUUUCGUAGCUGCGGCGAAAUCUUUUGGAGGUUUUGCAGCAACCGGCGACACCGCCACCCGUAAAAGGGAGAUUGCAGCCUUUUUGGCUCAAACUUCCCACGAGACUACUGGGGGAUGGGCAAGUGCACCGGACGGGCCAUACUCAUGGGGGUACUGCUAUAUUCAAGAACAGGGGAAUCCUGGCGCAUACUGUUCCCCAAGUGCACAGUGGCCUUGUGCCUCUGGCAAGAAAUAUUAUGGCAGAGGCCCUAUCCAAAUUUCCUACAAUUACAACUAUGGGCCAGCGGGGCGGGCCAUAGGAGUGGACCUCCUAAACAAUCCGGAUCUGGUAGCAACCGACCCGGUUGUAUCCUUCAAGACGGCAAUCUGGUUUUGGAUGACUCCGCAGUCGCCGAAGCCCUCCUGCCACGACGUCAUCACCGGGCGAUGGACGCCAUCCGGGGCGGACCGGUCGGCGGGUCGGGUCCCCGGGUACGGUGUUCUCACUAACAUUAUCAAUGGGGGCAUUGAGUGCGGAAAGGGCCCAAACUCGUCAGUCCAAGACCGAAUCGGGUUCUAUAAGAGGUACUGUGACAUACUUGGGGUGGGCUACGGUGACAACCUUGACUGCUACAACCAAAGGCCUUUUGGAUCUGGGUAAUGGGCUCCCAAUAGUUCUGUUCCCACUGCCAGGCCCAUGGACCUAGAGAGAGAGAGAGAAAGAAAGAUAAGUGAUAUAUUAUAUGAGAAUAAUAACAAGAGACUUGUAUCUGACUAAAUAAAUUAAAUGCUCAUUUUAUUUGGGGUGAAAUUAUAAGCUUUAUAGUUUCUUU